AUGAAGUGGAUGGUGGCAGUCUUGCUCUGCCUGCCCCUCUUGGAGGCAGCGCUGAUCAGAGUCCCCCUGAAGAAAUUUAAGACCAUCCGUCAGACCAUGAAGGAGAAUGGUGUGCUGGGAGACUACCUGAAAACCCACAAGUAUGACCCCGGCCAAAAGUACCACUUCGGCAAUUUCGGAGACUACAGCGUGCUCUAUGAGCCCAUAGCCUACAUGGAUGCUGCCUACUUUGGGGAGAUCAGCAUUGGGACUCCACCCCAGAACUUCCUGGUCCUCUUCGACACUGGCUCCUCCAACCUGUGGGUGCCUUCCGUCUACUGCCGGAGCCUGGCCUGCACCACCCACCCCCGCUUCAACCCCAGCAAGUCUUCCACCUACUUCACCGACGGGCAGACAUUCUCCCUGCAGUACGGUACCGGCAGCCUCACUGGUUUCUUCGGCUACGACACUCUGACCGUCCAGGGCAUCCAGGUCCCCAACCAGGAGUUUGGCCUGAGUGAGAACGAGCCUGGGACCAACUUUGUCUACGCGAAAUUCGAUGGCAUCAUGGGUCUGGCCUUCCCCAGCCUGUCUGCAGGAGGCGCCACCACUGCCCUGCAGGGCAUGCUGCAGGAAAACGCCCUCUCCAGUCCCGUCUUCAGCGUCUACCUCGGCAGCCAGGAGGGCUCUAACGGAGGACAGAUUGUCUUUGGGGGCGUGGAUGACAGUCUGUAUGUUGGUGAGAUCUCCUGGAUCCCACUCACUCAGGAUCUCUACUGGCAGAUUAACAUUGAGGGAUUCUUCAUUGGUGACCAGGAGUCUGGCUGGUGCUCUGACGGCUGCCAAGGCAUUGUGGACACAGGCACCUCCCUGCUCACCUUGCCUCAGGCCUACCUGAGUGACCUUCUGCAGGCCAUAGGGGCUGAGGAAGGAGAGUAUGGACAGUAUUUCGUGAACUGCGACAGCGUUAGCAGCCUGCCCACCUUCAACUUCAUCCUCAAUGGUGUUCAGUUCCCUCUGCUGCCUUCCUACUACAUCAUCCAGGAGGGUGACUACUGCAUGGUUGGCCUCCAGUCUACCCCCCUGGUCCAGGAUGGCCAGCCCUUCUGGAUCCUCGGAGAUGUCUUCCUCAGGUCCUACUAUGCCAUCUUUGAUGUGGGCAACAGCAGGGUGGGCUUUGCCACUCUCGCCUAG